UUGUACGUCACCGCGGCAGUGUCCGUGGCGCUCUGCAGCGCUGAAGGAGAGCCGCACUGACGAAUCUGGACGGGGCGAGGCGGCGAUCCCAGUGUGGCCCUCAUCCAUCAUCGCUAUGGGAAUUACCAAAGCGUUCUUUCAGAACCAAGCCCUGAUCCCGUACUAUCUGAAACCGGUCCACCUGGAGACACGGACUAUAAAACACUGCAGUUGAGAGUGCCGCUGCACCAGAGCCCGACUCUGCUUCUCUCCUCCUGUAAACUGAGGAGGAGGAGGAUGAUGAUAAACAUCUAGAGAUGAGAAGUGUUUCUCCAGCAGACAACUUGGACAAGAACGUUUGCUCGAACCUCAUCUGUGUUUUCUAAUUCAGGACGAUGGCUGCCAUGUGUGUGUCCGCAGUGCUCUUAUACACAGUGCUGGUUCAGAUCUCAGCCCGGGUUUUGACCACAACCAGCACAGCUGACCAGCCCCUUCUCUCCUCCCGCCACUAUCAGCAUACUGACCCCAACUCGGGCACCCAGCUGGUCUGCGACAAGUGCCCAGCAGGUACCUAUGUGUCUGUCCACUGCUCCCCGGCAGCUGUGAGGGAGUGCAGCCCUUGCCCUGUAGGCACCUUCACACGGGGCGAGAAUGGGGUCCAGCAAUGCCAUCGCUGUCGGGCUCCGUGUCCUGCAGACUUCAUUGAGAAAGCGCCCUGCACACCCACCCAGGACCGUGUCUGCACAUGUCCCCCCAAUAGCUUCUUGUCAGGAGAUGGUGGCAUGAAGUGUAAGCCCCACUCGCUGUGCCCUCCAGGGUCCAGGGUGAAAAAGAGGGGCAGUGAAACAGAGGAUGUGCUCUGUAAGCCGUGCACCAAGGGGACUUUCUCAGAUGUAGAAUCCAGCACAACGAAGUGCCGAAGCCACACGGACUGCCCAGCUCAGGGGCUGGUGCUGCUCACUCCAGGGACUAGAGAUACAGAUAAUGUCUGUGGACCUCCUCCUACAGACCCUUCUUCAUCUGUGUCCACAACCACUGAGCUGGUGCCUGCACAGGCGGUGCUUGUACAGGAACCUCUAACUUCUUUUUCCUCAUCACUGGCUGGACCUGCACAGAAAGGCAGCUAUAGUCAGUCAGCAGGUAUUCAGCUGAGGGGUAACCUGGGUGGUGAAGACCACCGUGCGGAGGGGGUACUCCUCAGCCGACCCAGUACUCCCACUCCGCCAAAUCACGAUCCUCCACGGACUCCACCGCUUCCAGUUCCCAAGCAAGUGAUGGAGCGUGAGCAUCAGGAGGGGCAACCCAAUUCUGACCCUGUGGAGGGUCUGAAGGGUGCAGAGAUAGUCAAGGUUGGGACAGGUAUCGGCAAGGAAGCUGGACAGGGGAGUGGAGGUGGAGGAGGCGGAGUCUCUAGCUACUACAGGCCCACUCGCAGGGGAUCCCCAAGACCCAGCACCCACAAUGAGUUUGACAUCAAUGAGCACCUCCCCUGGAUGAUAGUGCUGCUGCUCCUGCUGGUCCUGGUAGUGAUUGUGGUCUGCAGCGUGAAGCGGAGCUCCCGUGUUUUGAAGAAGGGCCCCAUGCAGGACCCUAGCAGCAUCAUGGAGAAGGCAAUUCAGAAGAAAUCUUCUGCGCCUCCAACACAGGUCAAAGAAAAGUGGAUCUACCAUUCCAACGGGCAGGGGGUAGAUAUUCUGAAGCUGGUGGCGGCUCAGGUGGGCAUUCAGUGGAUAGACAUCUAUCAGUCGCUGGCCAACGCCACAGAGAGGGAGGUGGCCGCCUUCUCCAACGGCUACUCGUCAGAUCACGAGCGGGCGUACGCCGCACUGCAGCACUGGACCAUCCGGGACAGCGAUGCCAACCUGGCUAAGCUGAUCAACGCCCUGCACCGACAGCGCCGCAUUGAUGUGGUGGAGAAGAUCCGCUACGUCAUGGAAGACAACCCACAGUUUGACAUCAACCAGCUGAUGACCUCAGUGAAUGUAAGCCAAAGCCUCAGUCCCAUCCACAAGCCACUCGAGUCUCCCAGCAGCGUUGGCAGUGGCAGCAACAAUGGGAGCAGCAGCAAUGGUAGUGUGGGCGGAUCCAGCUGUGUGGGCGUAGAGCAGUCCCCGGUGGACCGCACCAAAGGCUUCUUCCCUGAUGAAUCGGAGCCCCUGCUUCGCUGUGACUCCACCUCUAGCAAAGACUCAGCCCUCAGCAGGAACGGCUCCUUCAUUACCAAAGAGAAGAAAGACACUGUGCUCCGACAAGUGCGCCUGGACCCGUGUGACCUGCAGCCCAUCUUUGACGAUAUGCUGCACAUCCUGAACCCAGAGGAGCUGCAUGUCAUCGAGGAGAUCCCGGCUGCUGAGGACAAGCUGGACCGCUUGUUUGAGAUAGCGGGAGUCAAGAGUCAGGAGGCCAGCCAAACGCUGCUGGACUCGGUCUACAGCCACCUCCCUGACCUGUUAUAGUGGAGCAGGAAAGAAAAAGCCGCAUGGAUGCGAAUCAGCAAGGGAAUGAAAAAGAAUGUCUUAGUGGGAGGGAUGAAUUAGAUACAUUAAGCUUGAGUUGAUAUUUGAUCAGUCCGAAUCAUCAUGCCACUUUGUUCUAAGAUUUGAGCUGGGUGUUAUGGACCACAUCGCUCCAAUGACUCUUUCAAAUCUUAACUGCUACUACUCUUUACCUUCCAAACUUCUUCUGUUGUCUUGUGUGUGUACCUCCACCGUCUACCAUGAUACAGGGUCAACACUCAUUCUGAGUGUAACAAUAAGGACUAUUUUUAUUACACAAGCAUUGUGACCUUAGCAGUGAGGCUUAAGAGCCUCCAAACAAAAACAACAAAAAAGAGCUGCUCCGAAGAAAAGCUGACUACAUGGAAAAGUAUAAAAAGCACUUUCUUUAUCUGAACUGGCCAAUGCCUUCACCUUAAAAAGAUACCACUCUUUUUUUUACUGGUUGUGCCAAUCAUUUAGGGUUAUGUUGCCUUUAACAUCAUGUCGGUGUUAAUUAUUAAUUAUUAAAAUUAUUAUUAUUCUAAAUGAUUGCAAGAAAGGAAACUAAAAUAAACUGUACCUCUUACACUGGGAUUAUUCUUGGAGGUUUAAUAGGUUUAAGGUUCUUGAAAACCACAUUUACAGAUAUUUUCCUAGGUAUGAACUGAUCCUUAAAGUCAUGUGCCUGAGCUUGUUACAUGCCUCGACUCUCAGCCCAAAAGCCCCAAAAACCCUCCUUUUUCCUUCCACCCCUUUCUGCUGCCUGUACCUGGAAUAGAUUGUCUAUUGGUCUUUUGGCUUGUAACUACUCUUCCCGAGUAGUGUUAGAUGAGAAAACUGGCAGGCUGCUCUGGAACAAAACUCAUAUCAAAAAUAUCAGAUUUAAGUCAAAAUAUUCCAAUCUUACAAUACUGGAGUAAUAUGUAACUUAUCUAAUAUGAGGAUAUGCGGUUUUGUUUUUGAACUGCAUUUGAAUGGAUGCUCGUAAACGACCAGUAAACUGGAAUAUGAAGGGUACAGUGUUAACCUCCCCUCCUUGCUUCUCUGGAACCAAAGCCAUAUAUCUAAGACACCUUAGAUACGUUGCUUUGGAAGCUCUGUCAUUAUUUUACUCCUGGAUAAUAUACAAUAAAUACUUCUGCGAGUAUGCACAUUCAGAUCUCUGCUAGCUGGCCCUGUUAGCCUCGACAAAUGUAGCGUUGAUUAAGUGUUCUUGAUUCAUUUUGGAGCUUCAUGUCGGUGUGGUGGGUUACUGAGAGUGUCAAAAUAAUAGAAGCGAUUUUUUUUUCACACAGUGGUAUGUUGCUACAAAGUCUAUGUAGGUCAUAUUAAAAUAUAAUAAUGAUGCACUAAUUCUGUUUUCUGUUGGAGUGGACAUGUAUUGUCCUUCAUUUGUUUGUUUUUUCUUUUGUUCUGAAAUGCUAUUGACUAACAUUUGAUUUUCGUGUAAUAUUUUCUACUCAUAGUUGAUUUCUUAUGUUACUGUAGCAGCUCCUUGUUAGCAUUUCGACUUCUUUGUAUCUUAUGUUUUCAUGGGCAUUCACGUGUAUUUCUCCCUGCUCGGCGUGACAAGAUGACCUGGCUGGGAUGUAAGAUAUGCAUACUUCAUACUCUACUUGAACUCUGUCUACUUAUGCUACUUGAUUUAAAUGAGGAAGAAAUAAUGUACUAUUUCAGCACCUUCCAAGUUCAACAUUCUUAAAAAUAAACAUUUAAACUGAAAAGCAUCACCAAAAACUCAUCCACUUUUGGACAGGAUUUUGCAGGCACCAUGAGAGCAGCAAAGGAUGGACUCAAGUGGUACUAGAUGUGAACUCUCACCAGUUGGCCUGACAUAGGGGGUCUUAACCCUGGACUAAAGACAAUUCCAAGUAUUCCAGACUGAGUGACACAGAGUGUAGGUUGUGCAGCUGUGGACUGUGGGAUGUGGGCAGUGAUGAUGAUGAGUGUGAGCUUGCUUUCCACGUCAUUGUGGAGACUCAAACUGCAGGGUGUGAGCUUUUUAUUUUCAAAGGAAGUCUGAAAGAAUGAAGGUGAGAUGUGAAACGCACAUGCGACUCGAAUGGAUGAUUUCAUCAAAUUUCACGUGUGUAACCAGUAUGUUUACUAUCAUGUAACCUCUUAAAAUCAACCAAUUAAAGCUGAAAACAUUUGUCAUAACUUUGUGUAUAGCUGUGACUU